CCGGGCUGGGCUGGGCGGCGUCUGCGGAGGCUCCCUCGGCCGGGCCCAGUCUGCCCGAGCCGCGCCGGGACCCGGGCGGCGACAGCGGCGGCGGCGGCGGCGCCGAGAGGAGGUGGCAGCGAGCCGGGAGGCCGGGCCCGCGCCCCGCCAUGGAGACCCGCUACAACCUGAAGAGUCCGGCUGUUAAACGAUUAAUGAAAGAAGCAGCGGAAUUAAAAGAUCCAACAGAUCAUUACCAUGCACAGCCUUUAGAGGAUAACCUUUUUGAAUGGCACUUCACAGUCAGAGGGCCUCCAGAUUCUGAUUUUGACGGGGGAGUUUACCAUGGACGAAUAGUACUGCCACCGGAGUAUCCCAUGAAACCGCCUAGCAUUAUUCUCCUCACGGCUAAUGGACGAUUUGAAGUGGGCAAGAAAAUCUGUUUGAGCAUCUCAGGACAUCAUCCUGAAACCUGGCAGCCUUCGUGGAGCAUAAGGACAGCAUUAUUAGCCAUCAUUGGGUUUAUGCCAACAAAGGGAGAGGGAGCCAUAGGUUCUCUAGACUACACACCCGAAGAAAGAAGAGCACUUGCCAAAAAAUCACAGGAUUUCUGUUGUGAAGGGUGUGGCUCUGCCAUGAAGGAUGUCCUGUUGCCUUUAAAAUCUGGAAGCGAUUCAAGCCAGGCUGAUCAAGAAGCCAAGGAGCUGGCUAGACAGAUCAGUUUUAAGGCAGAAGUCAACUCAGCAGGCAAGACUCUCGCUGAGGCAGACCUGAACCACUCGUUUUCACUAAAUGAUUUACAAGAUGAUAGACCUACAACAUUCCAGGGUGCUACAGCCAGCACGUCGCUUGGAGUCCAGAAUCCGUCGGCAGCAUCCCUUGAACAACCUACCCCGCCUGCAGCUAAGAAUACCUCCAUGAGCCCUCGACAGCGCAGGGCCCAGCAGCAGAGUCAGAGCAGGUCAUCCGCUUCCCCAGACGCCAUGCCAGUCCCGCAGCCCAGAGACAACCACACUGAUCACGGCGGAUCGGCUGUUCUGAUCGUCAUCCUGACUUUGGCACUGGCCGCUCUUAUAUUCCGACGAAUAUAUCUGGCCAAUGAGUACAUAUUUGACUUUGAGUUAUAAUAUUGUUUUGUGACUUAAGAGCUGUGACUCACUCAACUGCUUCAUUAAACAUUCUGCAUUGGGUAUAUCUCAGAAUUGUUUACAAAAAGAUUAUUUUGUAUUCACCCUUCAUUCCUUUUUUUGAUCUUUAUAAAUUCAUCACAGUGUGGCUAGACAUUCAGACCGUGUCCGGCAGCAGGUCCCGCUUAGUUCUCGGGGCUGGAAGUCGGCGGUCCUCGGCUCACUGGCUGAUCUGCUUGCCAGGGAGAUAAUUUGUUUCUCAUGCUUCAGCUGCUUUUUAUGCAGGACUUUUUUCUGUGUAGCCCGGUGACAUUUUGGGCUAGAAGAGGGUGUUAAGUUCCCAUGAGUGCUAGCAGUUACUCAGUAGUGUUUUUUGGGUACUGUGUUUCUACUUAUGGAGAAUGACACGGGGCAGAAGAGCUGAAAAGGAAGAGCAGGACUCCUCAAGCAGCUUCCUUCAAAUGUCGAGAGCUCCCGUUCUGUGACUUUAUGUCCUGAACAUUCUUCACCGAAAUGAGAUCUCAUCUUAUAUUGGAAAUUACUUGAAGAGGAAGUACUUUGUAACUGCUUUGAUAUGCUGUUCUCCUGCUGUCCCCAAUACACACCAAAUUAAACAGACAGAAAACAGUCUUAAAGGAAGAUCUUUAAGGAAAAAAGGGUCCAAGCCAGGGAAUUGUUUGAUUUUUCUUCUCCAAGUAAAGUGGGAAGAUCUUAAGGUUUGAAUGUUUGUUCUGCUUUGAAUUGUAUAACUUUUGAGAUGUAUUAUAUGCCUAGCAUUGUAAUCACUAUAAAUUUAAUUAUUUCAGGAAUAUGCAUAAUGUGGAAGUAUUUCAUGAACCAUUUUAGUCGAAAAGCUCAGGGCUCAAGUAACCGUGACAGAAUUAGGAGAACCUUUACUUAGAAUUGUCCACCUAAUCAAAGCCCAAGGAAGAAUUUCUGGUGGAAAAAUCAAGAUAUAACUUAGUGCCAGCCAGCUCCACCAUCCCUCGUAGAUAUUUUUAUCAUUGUGACGCCUGGUGAGACCCAUACAAUCACAGGAGACGCUGCCUCCAGUGUGUUCAGUGAGCAACGCUGAGGGCAUCUGGAAGUUCUUGAUGAAGAUUUCAGUUUUAAAUGUAAGCAGUCCCCAGCUUUCAAAUAGGUGAUGCUCUGAAAGUGCAUCAUAAGUUCAUGUUUUUUUCCGACUCAAACAAUGUAGUAACUGCCCUUCAGCUUCUAGAGCAGUCCACUUAAGAUAGCCCAUGUGGAUCUUGAAUAGUUGUGGGGAGGGCAUUCAUAAAGUCCUUACGUGGUUUUGAGUAACUGAAAUUAUGGGCAAUAUAAAAAAAUUAUUAAAUCAUUUUAAAGGCAGAUUUAAUUUUUACUCCUGGGACUUUUAAUCUGUCAACUAUGAGGCACAGUUCCUGUUUUCAUUUGAUAGCCAGUUUUUCCUUAUGUCUGCAUCUAAAAUAAGAACUUAUUGUAUACUGUGAUAUAAUACAGAGUUGUCUUAAAUUUUCAUAGAUUAGCAUUUAAAGUUGCUUAUAGAUUAUCUCUGUCAUAUAUCUGUAACUGAAGUUGGUAGAGUCUAAAAAAAAAAAUCCCAAGGACUUUAUGAAGACCUCGUAUGUCAUGAAAAUUUUAUGUCACCAUUUUAUAACUUUAUUGUCUUGAGAAAAUGCAUUCUGAGCUCUUGAUUUGGAACACAAGAUAAAAGAAAUGUUAGUUCAGAGGUCAGUGGUCUGCUAGCAAGAGGUCCAUGACCCACUGGGAAUACCAGGUAGCAGCGUCAUCUCAGCGUUUGCUGUGCUCAAAACAGGCUGGCUUCCGCUGCCUCCCUCUCAGCCUCGUGCCAGCCCCUGGGUCUGCGCGGUCGGUCGUGCUGCAGGCUUCCAUGGCAUGCACUGACAUGGUAAAAUCGAGCACUGUGCAGAUCCCUCUCUCAUUGGCUUCUUGUCCCUCACCUGUCAACUAACCAGCCACGUGCUUGCCUGUGCUGGGACAUAGUAACGGCUGAUACACACAUCUGAAAGGGGCACACUUCACUCUCUUCUUUUCAGGUCACCUGUGCUCCCUAAAAAUCCUUAAAUUGAUCCCCCAUUGUGGGCAAAGUUGGUCUUUGAGAGCCGUUCUUAGUGAAACCCCACUGCAGGGUCUCUUCAGAAAACGAUUCUUUUUAAAGGCCUAUCCCAACCCCUUAACUGGCAUGAGACCAAAAUCGAGUGUAUAAUCUGGUUUAUACAGCGCCAAGGUGUAGGAUUUCUUCACCUCCCCGUUUUCAGAUUUUGGAAACCCAAGCCUUUUUCUUUGACCAACAUAACACACGACCGCAUAUCAAGGUAAUUAAAAUAGCAUGCUUGAAAAAAAAGUCUGUUUCACCUGUAACUUUCUAAACCAAUGAACCUUUCAAGUUUCUGUAAUGUGGGGCUUUUAUGUAGCACUUUACAUUUCCAUGCUGCUUAUUGUUUUAUUCUGAAAUAAAUAAAUUCAUCAAGAUUCUCAACUAA